AUGCUGAUCGUGCUUCGCGACGGCAGGACUUUGAUCGGCUACCUUCGUAGUGUUGACCAAUUCGCUAACCUUGUCCUGAGCCAUACGAUAGAACGAAUACACGUUGGCCAGCUUUACGGCGAUAUUCCUCGCGGCGUGUUCGUAAUCAGGGGCGAAAACGUGGUUUUGUUAGGCGAAAUAGUGCGUGCGGAUGUUGAGAAAGACAGGCAGGUCGACCUGAAGCAGGUAUCCGUCGAGGAGAUUCUUGAGUUUCAGCGGCGACAGCAGGAGGAAAAGGACAGGUUGGCGAACAUACGCAAGAAUGCGUUCAAAGAACGCGGCCUCGCUCCAUCGACCGACAUCUGGCAGGAGGAGCUGUACUGA